UGCUGGGAGAAAAGUUCGUGCAGCUUGAUCAGUGUCAUGCUGGCGAAAGAGGUGGCGCCUGAACCAGUGAGUCCCAGGUCGGGGAACACUACUCUCCUGGAAGGCUUCGCAAGCGCGGACACGUGAGCCUUGAUCCAGGAGAACGUCUACAUCAUCCUUGGUCACGGGCGGUUCCAGCAGAUAGUCCAGUUCAGCGCAUUCGUCGCCAUCUGUAUGGUGCUGCUGCACACGUUAGACUACUACCUCAUCGGCCGUCCCGUGGACCACUGGUGCCAGCCGCCCGACGACCGGCGUUACCUCGGUGUCCAGGGCUGGAAGAACGUCGCAAUACCCGAGCUGGCCGACGGCAGCUUCAGCAAGUGCACCGUAUACGAGCCCCUCUACCGGCAGAUGACCAGCAAGAGCGUAGCAUAGUGCCUUGCAAAUGGUGGGACUACGACACCGAGAAAGACGGCGAAAGUACCGUCAGCAUGUGGAACUUGGUGUGCAGCCACAGCUGGCUAUACUCCUUUUCUAAGUCCACGCUCGCAGUGGCCCCCAUGCUAUUCGGUCCUAUCGCCGGAAUCGCAGCAGACCGCAUUGGUCGCAGGCCGGUCUUAUCGGCGUGUGCCGUCUCCACGUUGCUCGGCAGCCUGGUGACCGCGUCGUCGUCCUCCGUGGCCGUGUUCAUCCUCUCGCGCCUUGCCACAGGUGCCAUGGGCAGUGCGACCAUGCUGAUGGCCUUGACUGUGCUCUAUGAAGUGACCGGAAAUGAGCACCGGGCUACAUACAUAUUGGCAGCCAGCGGCAUCGCCAUGCUUGAGACGUCUCCGCUGGCGCACGGGCUUUCGACGCUUAAGCCGACGUGGUUGCUCUCACAAUCGCUUUUCGUUACUGUCCCGGCAAUUAUGGCCUCUUGGUGCUGCUACCUGGACGAGUCCCCCGUUUGGCAGAUUGCCACGUCGAGGCUUCGCGCAGCUCAAUUCACCAUACUCCGCGCAGCUCGGUUGAAUGGCAUAGACGCUCACAAGGCCACAGCAACAUUCAAAGCUUUCAAGCAGCAGCUCAUGAAGCGAGAGGCUGGCACCACGUCGGUGAUUGCCGACACCACGAGCAUACUCCGGUCGGCUUCCCUUCACCGGCGCGCAUUGUCUGCACUCGUGACGUGGUUUAGCUUGAGCUUUGCAUUUCGUGUCUCAGGCUUGGGAGCCGCGCUCGAAGAACUGUGGUUGUUGGCAUCGUUUCUACUGAGAGGGUUCAUUUUCAUCACAGCCUUCUAUGGCAUCAAGCAACGAGGCCACCGUGUGACUCUAUCAGGCGUAAUUGCUCUCCUCGGCGCCUCAAGCGCACUGCAGAUGCUACUGUGUCACCCUUCCUUGGGUGUCGCACUUCCUCUGCCGCGUAUAAUGAUGUGCAGCGCGUCGGCGAUUGCCAUAUGGCUGAAUUACGCGUGUACCGCGGAGGUGUUCCCCACUAAGAUUCGAUCCGUGGGACUAUGCCUAUCGUACUCGGUCGGCCGGCUUGGCGUCAUUCUGGCUGCAUACAUCCAAGGAUCCUUGCACGAACAACAGCUGUUGGUUGUUGCGGCCAUCACGACUGCGCUGGCAUUUGCCAGCGCAUUAUCGGUCCAGUGUCUUCCCGAAGUAUUUGUCGAGCAGAAGCCCGCCGAAGACCACGCAGUUCUGAGUGAAAGCCAGCGCAUGGAAGCACUCACCAGGAGUCGGAGAAGCCACUCAAAUCAGCCAAGCCGCGCAAUCAACGCAAGAGAAAAGCAAGCUCGAAACGCGGUAACCUGACCGAAACUUCAGCGGCAGCAUCCACAUCCGUCGCCUGUACCCUAAAUGAAGGUGCUGGCUCUCCUGAGCGAAUCUCACCGACGCCGAUGUUCAAAUCGCCAUCGCAACAACUCUAGUGCAUCUGAUACAUGUGGGCUGAUUAAGGAACACGUAAUUUCUCUUGUUAUUUUCGCGUACUCUAAGGCUAACUUAUCUUUAGCUAAACUGAAUUAGCAGUCUUUCGUUUUUGCUUCAUUCUGAUACAUACUGCUGUAUUUCUUUUGCCUACGCAAGUUUUUCACCUUUGGUUUCUUCUUCUCAGUGCGUGGGAAUCAUGAACUAGAAUUUGCAUAAGUCAUAUUUGCUAGCGCAACUCAUCCUUCAAUCCACAUAAAAGCGUAUGGCGCAUUCAAUAGACACUAGGAUACUUUUAAAUACAGUGUCGUUUUGAAUGUGUUGAUUUGAUUCUCUGCUGCAAUAUGACUCAUUUAUUCUACGCGAUCCAAAUUUAACGUGCUCAGGUUAUUUUACUUCAUCAGUGAUGUCAACAUCGAAAGUGCAAGGGAUCAGAGCGGGGCCUCUGUGGAACUUUCUAUACUGUUUAAAAAAUGUAACAGGUGCAGUCACCAAGUUUUACUUCCCAUUACUACUUCAUUGCCGUCUGAACAAUAGCUUAGAUAAUUCAGAAUUAGUAAGUUAUACAUUUGCUAAGCAUUUACAAGGUUUUACAGUCCAGUAAGCAAAAGGUUCUUCUUCGGCCAAAACGCUUUGUUUUCUGGCAGUCUUAAUGCAAUUGUUUGAUAAAAUAUAGUCCUUAUCAAUAUGGUGUGUGAAUAGUCAUGCAUUGUGUUGUGGCCCACUUGUGUGCAGACUGUACCUUCUAGAAAUAAAGCUCCAUGAAUUUGUUGAUGUGCUCAAAGGCAUAAGUUCCCACCACUGUAACCUUAGCUACUCAAGACUAUGGGUAUACGGGGUGACCAUUUUUCACUUAUCCGGAGUUGUCUGCAAUCGCCUGUAG